AUGCGGGGCGGGCUGGACGCCGAGCUGGGGGCCGAGCGGCUGCGCUGCGGGUCCCCCGCUCACUUCAGCUGCAGACACGUUGUUUUUUUGGCCAUCGUAGGAGUAGAUUCAGCCACCUGGGAAGAAUUUCAAGAACACGUCUUGCAAAUUGGUGAACUAAACUCUAAUUUGACCCUUGCAAGGGUCCAAUUUCAGAAGCUUCAGCAGCUCCGCCUUACGCAGUACCACGGAGGAUCCUUACCAAACGUGAGCCAGCUGCGGAGCAGCGUGCCAGAGUUCCAGCCGUCCCUGCACCAGGCUGAUAGCGCACGGGGGACCCGCCACCAUGGGCUGGUGGAGAGGCCGGCCAGGACCCGCUUCCACGCGCUCCACCGACGGUCUGGGGACAAGCCGGGACGACAAUUUGAUGGUAGUACUUUCGGAUCCAGUUACUCCUCACAGCCCCUGGAUGAGAGUUGGCCAAGGCAGCAGCAUCCUUGGAAAGAAGAAAAGCACCCUGGGUUCAGGCUGACAUCUGCACUUAACAGGACCAACUCUGAUUCCGCCCUUCACACGAGUGCCCUGAGCGCCAAGCCCCAGGACCCCUAUGGAGGAGGGGGCCAGUCGGCCUGGCCUGCCCCAUACAUGGGUUUCUGUGAUGGUGAGAACGACGUACACAUUCAGUCCCUGUCAGGGCGCCCUCGGUCCUGUGAUGUUGGAAGCGGCAGUGCUUUUCCACACAACGGCCAAAACAUAGGCCUCUCCCCUUUCCUGGGGACCCUGAAUACCGGGGGGUCGCUGCCAGACCUAACCAACCUCCACUAUUCUGCGCCCCUGCCGGCCUCACUGGACACCAGUGACCACAUCUUUGGUAGUAUGAGUGUGGGGAACAGUGUGGGCAACCUGCCAGCCGCCAUGACUCACCUGGGCAUAAGAAGCUCUUCCGGCCUCCAGAGCUCUCGGAGCAACCCCUCCAUCCAGGCCACGCUCAGCAAGACUGCACUUUCGUCCUCCCCGAACAGCCACCCACAGACACCCGCGCCCAGCGCCUCUGCCCUUCACCCUUCCCUCCGGCUCUUUUCCCUCAGCAACCCGUCUCUCUCCACCACGGCCCUGAGCGGCCCCUCUCGGCGGCGGCAGCCCCCGGUCAGCCCCCUCACGCUGUCCCCCGGCCCCGAAGCGCAUCAGGGUUUCAGCAGACAGCUGUCGGCCACCAGCCCGCUGAACCCCUAUCCCGCCGCCCAGGUGAGAACAGACUCUUGGCCCCGAACACUGAGGCACGCAGGGCCUGGAGUCGAAGACUCGAGUACCAGCCUGUUCAAAGACCUCAGCAGUGCGCUGGCGGGCAUGCCCGAGGCCAGCCUGCACACGGACACUCCAUUUCCUCUGGAAGAAGAGCUCCAGAUCGAACCCCUGAGCCUGGACGGACUCAACAUGCUAAGUGACUCCAGCAUGGGCCUGCUCGACCCCUCUGUUGAAGAGACGUUUCGGGCUGACCGACUGUGA